GGGCAGGCCUGAGCUGCUAUUUGUCUGGGUGGAGCUUGUCGCAACACUGUUUAUCCACCUUUGCCGGGGGCCCAAAGCCCCUUGGUGUGCGGAGGAUACGGAGCCAGCCCUGGGCUCACAGGUCGCCGUGCUGCCUGCUCCAGGCCCUCGCUCCACCUCACCUCUGCACCCUGCCGCCCAGUGCUCGGCUCCCGGAGGAGGCCACAGUCAGCCGAGGCCACCGACCCACCACUGGAGCCAUGGUCCAUGGAUACAAAGGAGUCAAGUUCCAGAACUGGGCUAGGACCUAUGGCUGUUGUCCAGAAAUAUACUAUCAGCCCACGUCCGUGGAGGAGGUCAGAGAGGUGCUGGCCCUGGCCAGGCAGCAGAACAAGCGGGUGAAGGUGGUGGGCGGUGGCCACUCACCCUCCGACAUCGCCUGCACUGAUGGCUUCAUGAUCCACAUGGGCAAGAUGAACCGGGUUCUUCAGGUGGACACAGAGAAGAAGCAGGUGACUGUGGAGGCUGGCAUCCUCCUGGCUGACCUGCACCCACAGCUGGGCAAGCACGGCCUGGCCUUGUCCAACCUGGGAGCUGUGUCAGACGUGACCGCAGGGGGUGUCAUCGGGUCCGGAACGCACAACACAGGGAUCAAACAUGGCAUCCUGGCCACCCAGGUGGUGGCGCUGACCCUGCUGACGGCCGACGGGACCAUUCUUGAGUGCUCCGAGUCCAGCAACGCAGAGGUGUUCCAGGCGGCGAGGGUGCACCUGGGCUGCCUGGGAGUGAUCCUCACCGUCACCCUGCAGUGUGUGCCCCAGUUCCACUUGCAGGAGAUCUCCUUCCCCUCAACCCUGGAAGAGGUUCUUAACAACCUGGACAGCCACCUGAAGAAAUCUGAAUAUUUUCGCUUCCUGUGGUUCCCGCACAGCGAGAAUGUCAGCGUCAUCUACCAGGACCACACCAACAAGCCCCCCUCCUCUUCUGCCAGCUGGUUUUGGGACUAUGCCAUCGGAUUCUAUUUACUGGAGUUCCUGCUCUGGGUCAGGUAGGAAUGCAAGGGUACCUUUUUCCAGUAUCUGCUAUAUGCUAUUGAGGAUGUGGUCCAUCAGAAGAAUGACACCCUGGGGACACCUGGGUGGCUCAGUUGGUUAAGCAGCUGCCUUCAGCU